AUGGAUAAUUAUCCAUUUUUGGAUUUUCAAAUGAAUUCUGAUUUUAUGUCGGAAUUUUCUUCCUUUAUAAACGAAGUCGGUGAGGGUGAUUACAUAGAUAAAUUUUCUACUGAUCAAAUAUUCCCAUCACGCGACGAUAUGAUUGAUUGGGUUCGAAAGAUUGCAUUUCAGCUUGGAUUUAUGGUCGUCAUCAUAAGAUCUGACACAACAACUGGUGAACCUGGAAGAAAGACAUUUGUUGUGUUAGGCUGUGAAAGGAGUGGGAAAUAUAGGAAGUAUAAGCAAGACGUGCAACCUAGUGUGUCUGGCACGAGAAAAUGUGAGUGUCCGUUUAAGUUGAGGGGUAAACAUAAAGGACAUGGUUGGGUGUUAAAGGUUAUGUGCGAUUAUCACAACCAUGAAUUAGCAGAGACUUUGGUUGGUCAUCCUUAUGCAGGGAGGUUAAAUGCUAUUGAACAGUCAAUUCUUAUUGACAUGACUAAGAGUCAAGUUAAACCCUCAAAUAUUCUUUUGACUCUUAAAGAACAUAAUGAAGAUAAUGUGACAACUAUAAAACAAAUAUAUAGCGCGAGAUACACUUACAAACGAUCUUUGAGAGAGUCGAGAACUGAAAUGCAACAGUUGAUGAUGUUAUUAGAUAGAGACAAAUACAUCCAGCAUAGUAGAUGUUUGGAAGAUUUUGACAUAGUAAGUGACCUAUUUUGGACACAUCCUGAUUCAGUGCACCUGGUGAAUUCAUUUAAUAUUGUGUUCUUAAUGGAUGCGACGUACAAGACAAACAAAUAUCGUCUUUCGUUGCUUGAGAUCGUUGGAGUCACAUCCAUUGGUUUGACAUUCACAGCCGCCUUUGCAUUGCUUUCAAGUGAACGCCAAAAUAAUUUCACUUGGGCAUUGGAAAUGUUUAAAAGAUUACUAUUGACAACAGAGGGCGGUCCACGCGUUAUUGUCACUGACAAAGACCUUGCUUUGAUAAAUGCCAUUACCAAUGUCUUUCUUGAGACAUAUCAUAUGCUUUGUACAUUCCACAUUAUGAAGAAUGUGAAAGCGAAAUGCAAGAUGUUAGUGGAUAAGCAAGAGGCAUGGGAUGGGUUGAUGGAAGUAUGGCAAAAUGUGAUGGACUGUGACGACCAGUCCAAGUUUGGUGGUUAUGUUUAUCGUUUUGAGUAUGCCUCUGCUGCAUGGUCUUUAUUUUUUGAUUAUGUGAACCGUAUCUGGAUCAUCCCAUAUAAGACAUACUUCGUGAAGGCGUGGACGAACAAAGUCAUGCAUCUAGGCAACACUACAACAAAUAGGAUUAAGUCUGCGCACUGGAACCUGAAGAGAUUAUUGGGGUCUAAGGAUGCUUAUAAAGCACUAAGAUAUAAAAGACUUGUUGGACGUGUUUCACGAUACGCUCUAGAACUUAUUGCUGAUGAAGUAGAGCGAGUGAAUAAAAUAGGUUUGGACAGUGCUCGUUGUGGAUGCAUUUUGAGCUCAACGUAUGGCCUACCAUGUGCUUGUGUUUUAGCACGAUAUGAGCCUGGAAUGAUUCCUCUUGGUGAAAUACAUGUUAUCUGGACCCGUUUAAGAUUUCAAGAACCGUGUCUACUGAAUCGCUUCCAGAGUUUAGCCUUGAUCGUGAAACGUGAGAGGUCUACGAAACGUGACCCAUCAUAUUUUGAGCACGUUGGCACUUUUCUUUCCAGGACAGAGCCUUCUUCACGAAAAUCUCAAGUCAAAUUGAAGCCGAAAGAAUUUGCGCGAAGGGCAGUACCAUUCUUAAAUCAAUUUCAUCCAAUUUGUCAACCAUAUAUUGUCGAUGUUGUUGAUGUUGUUGCCGAUGGUCAUUGCGGUUAUCGAUACAUUGCUGCUUUGUUGGGUUUAGGUGAAGAGGCAUGGCCUACUAUCCGACAUAACCUUUAUCAAGAACUAACUCAGUGGCGUGAUGAAUACGCAAAUUUAGUAGGAAGCUACGAUCGAUUGGAAGAACUACGUCAGUCAUUAAUUAUCCACGAUCGAUCACAGGUUAAUGCUAAGAAGUGGAUGACCAUACCAGACAUUGGUUAUGCCAUUGCAAAUAGAUACAAUGUCAUCUUAGUAUGUUUGUCCUAUAUUCAGAGUUUUACCAUAUUCCCACUUCGCACUUCACCGCCUACUGAUAUUAGACAACAUUGGAUCUUAUGCAUUGGAUUUGUUAAUGGAUGUCAUUUCGUACAGGUUCAAUUGCAAGAUGGUUGUCCGUUACCCAUGGUGGACAUCAUUUCCUCAAGCCAUUGUUACCCAGAGGCGCGAGCAUGGUCAUCAUUUUAUACACAUAGGAUGCAAUCAUUUAUAGAAUUAAUGGGAGCUAAUCAAAGUUAUGUAGAUCUUGGAAAAAACUGA